GUUGCCCCGUCGCGACUACACCGGCAGCAAGCGAGCCAAAACAAGCCAUACAUCCAGCAACGAAGGAGGAGACGAGGCAGCCGGCCGCGCCGAUCAGGCCACCAGCCGCAAGGUCGCAGAUCCAAGAUCCAAAAACCGCCCCUCCCUUUCCCGCCUCCGAUCGUUCCUACUUUCCCCGACGCCGCCAGGGCCGCCUCCGGAUCCGCGGAUCUAGUCGUCACCACUGCUACAGCUGCCUUCGCUGCUCGAUUGAUUGGCUUGGGGCAGAGGGGAAGAUGAGGUUCUGGAGGGACGGGGGCGCGAGCGGGAGCGGCCGGGAGCUCAACGGCGGGCCGCCGUGCGGCCAGGUGCGCGUCCUCAUCGUAGGCGACUCGGGUGUGGGAAAAUCUUCAUUGGCGCAUCUUAUUUUGAAAGAUUUUGCAAUUGCUCGACCUCCCCAAACAAUUGGAUGUACAGUUGAUGUUAAACAUAUUACUUAUGGAAGUCCAGGGAGUUCAUCUAAUACCAUCAAGGGAGAUGCGGAAAGGAACUUCUUUGUUGAGCUUUGGGAUGUUUCCGGGCAUGAGCGAUAUAGAGAUUGCCGUUCACUUUUUUAUUCACAAAUUAAUGGUGUCAUAUUUGUGUAUGACCUAUCUCAGAGGAAGACAAAGGCAAAUUUGAGCAAGUGGGCAGUUGAGGUUGCUGAAUCUGGGACCUUUUCAGCUCCUCUUGGAUCUGGUGGUCCAGGAGGCCUUCCAGUUCCUUACCUAGUGAUUGCUAACAAAGUGGACAUAGCUCCAAGAGAUGGUAGAAGAGUUAGCAGUGGAAAUCUUGUUGAUGUUGCUCGUCAAUGGGUUGAGAAGCAAGGUCUACUUCCAUCCAGUGAAGAACUUCCACUUGUGGAGAGCUUCCCUGGCAAUUCGGGUCUACUCACGGCUGCCAAAGAGGCAAGAUAUGAUAAAGAAGCUGUUGUCAAGUUCUUCCGCAUGUUGAUAAGGAGAAGAUAUUUCUCAAAUGAACUUCCUGCCCCUAGCCCAUGGUCUCUCACUCCCAGAGAGGAUACCAUUCUUCCUGUUGAAACCGUGAAUGAUGAGGAGCUGUUCAAAAGGAAAAGCUAUGGUGGCCAGAGCUACAAAUACAAUGGUGUCGCCCCACUUCCUGCUCAGCGGAACCUAACUCCUCCACUCACUCCCUACCCGCAGCAGCCAAUGUCUUCUACCUCGGAGAAUUACAGAUAUCACAGAUACUCCUCAUCGUCAAUUCCAGACGCAAGCAGUAGCAGAGCAAACCGACUAGAUCUCAAUUUAUGAUCCAUGAGUUCCUAGGCACUACAAUUUACAAUGUGGAAAGCACAUGCUGCCAGCAAACAAACUAUCCUGAGAUGUUCACCUGUCUUCCUUGCAACAUGUGCUUGUUGUCAAAGAUGCCUCCUUUUUAUUGGUUGUAGUCAUCUUUGUGGGAUCACUAGUUAGUAAUUCUUUUAUAUGUUGUCAAAUAUUUGUUUGCAUUGGAAUUGAAGACAACUUGCAUGUUAUAUAAAAUCAUGGUAGUUUUUUACGCA